AUGGCUAAGAAAGGAGGAAAGGCUAAGAACAAGGGCAAGGGCAAAGGUAGCAGCGGUGCUGCUGCUGCCGUCGGCAAGAAGGUCGACGAUGUUCAGAACACCCUAAACCCUGGCCAAGAGGUUGAAGAAACGGCCCAGAAGAGUGAAGGAGAGGCGGAGGGUGUCGCGACUGAAGCUGGUGAUGCCGCGACUGCGGUGCCCACCACUGCCGUUCCCGACACGGCCGCGAACGUCCCCUCGGCUGCCCCGCAGACGGAGGAAAGCUCCAACACGGUCCAGGAGGCCGUCAAGGAUGUUAAGGCCGAUUCUGUUCUGGGAGGUGAUUCUGAUGAGACUCCUAAGUUGCCUGAGAUCGCUCCUACGGAAGCUCUCUCUCUUCCUGAACGCCCCAAGGAAAGCACCGUCUCUGAACCUGCGACUACCGCGGCUACCGAUGCUGCUGAAACCCAUGUCAAACGUCCCCACGAGAACACCCCGGCCGUGGCGGAAGAGAACCGCAAGCCUCCCAAGAUCCCCAAAACCGAGGAUGAGGCUCCGGCCUUGAAGCCUUCCGAGUCGAUUGUCCCUGAUGCCACCAAGGCUGAAGUGCCCAGCGAGAAGAUCGGCGACGUGCAGCCUCAGAUCGUCCCUGGACUCGGCGCGGACCCCCGGGAUAACGUGUCGUCGGUGCUGGCGGUCCCCGGUCUCUCCUCGGUCGAUGACAAGGCUACCCCGUCCACGUCCUCGACUGCUGCGCCCACCAAGGCUGCCGAGCCCCAGACCACAGAGAAGGCUGCAUCGACUGCGGCUCCCGUUGCCGACAGCAAGGUCGACACCGCCAAGGAGGUUGCGACCAGCGAAGCCCCCAAGACGCAACAAGAACCCGUCGCUAGCACCAAGCCCUCGGAACCGGCCACCGUGCCCGGAACUGCCGCUCCCGCUUCUGCUACCAGCACCGAUGCCGCGGCCGCAGCUACUGUCAACACCGCUGCCAAGGAGACUGAAAUUCCCGCAUCCUCGGUCACCGCCAAGGAGACGGAAACUGCUGCUCCUGCCGCCGCUUCUACUGUCCAGGACAAGGCUCCCGUCAGCGAGGCGGCCGACAAGAAAGAGACCGCCGCCCAGCCCGCCACUGCCGCCCAGAAAGGGACUUCUGACCUGAAGGAAUCGACGGGUGCUACUCAGGACAAGACUGCUACCGAGCCCAAGUCUCCUGCCGUUGCCGCUGCUGCCGCCGCUACUGCCGCGGCUAAGAAGCCGGAAGAGAAGAAGCCCGAGGAGGCCAAGAAGCCCGAAGAGGCCAAGAAGGCAGAGGAGACUCAGAAACCCAAGGAGGCCCAGAAGCCCGAAGAGAUCAAGAAGCCUGAGGAGGCCAAACUUCGGGAUUCUCAGCCCGUCGGGGAGGCCCAGAAGGACGGUGCCGCCGGCGAGUCCAAGACGCAGGAAGGCAAGCAUCUUGCGGACAAGGCCAAGGAGACGGCCAAGUCGGAAGCCGACAAGGCCCAGGAAGCCGCCAAGAACGAGGCCGCGAAGGCUGACAAGCGCAAGAGUGGCUUCUUUGGCUGGCUUAAGCGCAAGGUCAAGGGAGAGAAGGCCUAA